AUGGCAAGCGUCUCGCAGCAAACAAAGGAGAAUGGCAGAAUGCCAAUUUUCUACCCGAUGUUAUGUCCACACAACUACACGAUGUGGACGAUAAAGACAGAAGCAAUCCUCGACACACAAGAAGUUUGGGAAGCAAUAGAGCCAAUAAGAGGACUCGAAGUGGAUGUGAAGAAGGACAAGAAGGCGUGUGUAUACAUUCUCCAAUGCAUCCUGGAAGACGUGCUUCUACAAAUCGCAAAGAAGAAGUCCGCAAAAGAAAUAUGGGAUAAUCUCAAGACGAGGUACUUGGGCAGUGAGCGGGUGAAGAUGGCGCGAGUUGGAAUCUUGAAGAGCGAAUUUAAUGUUCUUCGGAUGAAGGAAACCGAGACAAUCGAUGAGUUCGCAGGAAAAAUCAGUAAAUUAGCAAGUAAGUUCACCACCCUCGGAGUUGCACUUGAGGAUUCGUCAUUGGUCAAGAAGCUCCUUGAUUCUGUCCCCGAUAAAUAUCUUCUCAUUGUCACCAGAAUCGAGCAAUUUCAAGAUCUUGAAACCAUGCCGUUUGAAGAGACGAUUGGACGAAUGAUGGUGUACGAGGAACGAACAACACAACUCCUAGGAAACAAUAACAACACCGAUGGACAACUCCUACUUACCCAUGCCGAAUGGAAAGCUAGACAAAAAGAAAAUAGUGGUGGCAACUCUUCGAUGAACAAAGGGCACGGAUCUGGUGGUACCAAUCGAGGAAGAUGGCGAGGAUAUGGUCGUGGCACGGAACGUCAAAAUAGUGUAGGAGGCACUAGCAACACUGGAAAUGGCACUGGUGACAAAAGUUGGGACAUUCCGCGUCGGAGUGUCGUGGCAAAGGUUAUGACGACGGAGCUCAUUUAA